GAGCUCAGUCACCAGGAGGAGCCUCUGCGCGCAUGUCAAUCCUUCUCCUCGUCGCUAUCUUCGCCUGCUCUGCUUGUGUCAUGUAUCUGGUGUUCAGAAAUUUCCCACAGCUGAGCGAAGACGAGAGAGAGAAAAUUAAAAUCCCUAAAGACAUGGAAGAUGCAAAGGCACUGGGGACAGUACUGUCCAAAUAUAAGGACACAUAUUACACCCAAGUGCUUUUAGCAUACUUUGCUACAUACAUUUUCCUUCAGACAUUUGCCAUCCCAGGCUCCAUUUUCCUCAGUAUACUGUCUGGUUAUCUCUACCCCUUUCCUUUAGCUCUCUUCCUGGUCUGUCUGUGUUCAGGCCUUGGAGCGUCUUUUUGCUAUAUGCUGUCUUAUUUGGUCGGGAGGCCGAUGGUCUACAAGUACCUCACGGAGAGAGCUCAGAAAUGGUCACAACAGGUGGACAAGCACAGAGAGCAUCUCAUCAAUUAUAUCAUUUUUCUGAGAAUAACUCCUUUCCUUCCAAACUGGUUUAUCAACAUCACCUCGCCGGUCAUUAAUGUGCCUCUGGGUGUCUUUUUCCUGGGCACCUUUCUCGGAGUGGCUCCUCCAUCAUUCGUGGCGAUUAACGCAGGGACGACGCUCUAUAAACUGACCACCGCUGGCGAGGCUGUGUCCUGGAACUCUCUUCUGGUGCUGGGGGUUUUGGCCGUCGUCUCCAUCCUGCCGGUCUGCUUUCAGAAGAAACUCCAGCAAAAGCUCGAGUAGAGAGAGAUCUCCCACCCUGCUUGAUUCAACUCAGGAAUGAUACUGAUCCUCUUAACUUCUCCCCGUUUUCGACUUCUUCUUUUAUGCAUGUAUGACAGACCCUCAUUUUUGCCAUGCGAUGGGCAGGACUGACUUUCCAUAGAUUCAACAGCACUGUCACGGAAUGAAGAUUCAAUCAUCACUGAUUAUCUCUAGCAAUAUAUUCCACGCCUGCGUUUUCAGAGGAUUUUAAAGUUCAUAUAAAACAGCAAUGAUUUAUGUGCGAUACACUGGAAAAAGACCUGUUAUCUCCCUCUCAAGCCGCUGAGCUAUAAUGGAAAGUGCCAACUUUUUUGCUCUACUUUGAUGAUGAAGUAUUACAUGCUUCAGAAACCUUUUGAGGGGGAGCUUUGCGAGUUUAUCCGAGUUCGAUCUUAUUUCGUAGGCCAGCUGAGACUGUGAAUGAAUUAUGCAACAGUGCCCUGUGUAGGGUGUGCUGAUGCUAACUAUAGACCACAAUGCUAAGCUCUUAUUAUAGACUUAUCGGUAACACUUUAAAAUACGGGACAAAUAGUUAAUGUAUUGCAUAUAUUAAUCAUAGUUUAACAUUUACUAAUGCAUUAUUAAAAUCAAACGUGGUGCUUGUUAAGAUUAGUUAAUGCGUCGUUAGUUAACUACCAAUGAACUAAGGAUGAUCCAUAAUAUAUAUCCUUAUAAACAAAGAUUAAUAAAUACUUUAAGAAAUGUUGAACUAUAAUUAAUAUAGACCAUUUUGAGAGAUUUAACCAAUAACAAUGGUCCUAACAUAUUUUCUGUUUUACAUUUUAAAUUUCCAUAGCUUCUGAGAGUCCAGAAAGUUCCACAUAUUGAUAAGUAAUGUUACGAUAGCUGUUAUAACAUCCAUUUAUGAUUAAAUCACCUCUUGUUAAUAGUUUGACAACAAGCAGGAACUGUUAUGAGCCAAUGACAUCCACAUUAAAAUGGUCUGUAUGCUUCAGAACAGUGUUUCUCAACCAUGUUCCUGGAGGACAACUAGCUCUGCAUAUUUCCAGUCUCCUUAACCAAACACAGCUGAUUCAGAUCAUCAGCUCUGAGACUGACAGACCUGUGACAGACAAAGGAGACAUCCAAACAUGCAGUGCUGGUGGUCCUCCAGGAAGGUGGUUGAGAAACACUGCUGUAGAACUAUGAUUAAUAACAUUAACCAUGUUUCCCCUAUUGUAAAGUGUUACAGACUUAUUUCUCCCCCCCCCCUAAAACUGGUAAAUACGGAUGAUGCCGUGUUAGUAUUACAGAUUUAGACGGUAGAUUACAUCUAGAAAGUUCUGCCUUAAUAUAAAAGCUUACUUGAAGUCAAACGGAACGAAUAUCUUGAUGUCACACGUACUGAACCAUUAACACCUGUUUUAUUUUAAGCAAUAACACUAUAAUAACUACACACUAUGAACUAUUUAUCAAGCAUUAGACAAUAGUGAAUUCAUUAUCUGUUAAGAAUUAAUAAAGGUUAAUAAGCAGUUUAUAACUGCAGCUACAAAUGCUGUAUUCUUGACCUCUAAACACGUGUAAUGGGCUUAAUAAUUGUGUUUACAUACUUUAAUGAUGAAUUUUCAUUACUAAAUUAAGUAUUGCAUUAUUUACAAAGCAGUUAUUUAAGCAUAGUUGGUGUUUUUUUAAGAUCAUUCAGAAUGAGUUAGUAAACGAUUAAUAAACCAUUCAAAUUAACAUUUAUAUAUCUGAUUAUUCAGGCAUAUAUUCAUAGUUAAUUUAAAUGUUAAUAAAUGCUUUAUUAAUUCAACUUCAUCCAGUUUUGUGACCUAAAGUGAGGACUAUUUAUGCUUUAUAUAUCCCUAAUAAAUGACAAUUAAAGGCUCAGUUAUGUUCUAAACAGGAAACAAAAUAACAUAAAUGACUCUAUUCAUUUCUAUUCAUUUGAAGACACAAAUGAAACUAUCAAAUGAAAAUAAAUCUUUGUAAUCUUAACUAAAAUAAAAUUACUGUGCAGUUUAAACAUCGCUAAAUAUCAUUGAAAUGUCGUAUUGUAUUAUAUUGUGAAAUUAUUAUAUUGUUGUUGUUUUAUCCAAUUUUAUGACACUCCUGUUAUUCAGCAAUGUUUAAACCUUACAGUAAUUUUAUUUUUUAGAUAGGAUUGCAAAGAUGCAUUGUUCAGUUCACACUAAUCCUUUAAUUGUCAUUUAUAAGGGAUUUAUAAAGCAUAACUAGUCCUCACUUUAGAUUAAGUCACAAAACUGCAUGAAGUCGUGUUAAUAAAGCUUUAUUACCAUACAUACUGUAGUAACCAUUACUAUAUGCCUGGAUAAUAAUGAUGCAUAAGCGUUGAUUUCAAUAGUUUAUUAAUCCUUUACUAACUCAUUCUGAAUGAUCUUAAAAACCACCAACUACUCUUAAAUACAAAUGAUUUGUAAAUAAUGCAAUACUUAAAUUGUUAUGAAAAUUAGUUAUUAACAAAGUAUAAAAACAAUCAUUAAGCACAUUAUCUAUAUGUGCUUAUAAGUCAGGAAUAGAGCAUUUGUAGCUGCUGUUAUACACUACUAAUGUUUAUUAUAGUAGAGUUAAUACUUAACAAAUAAUGAAUUCACCAGAUGCUAAUGCCUAAUAAAUUAUUCAUAGUGUGUAGUUCUUAUAGUGUUACCGCUAUUGUUUUCUUUCAUGGAUGCAAAUUUUAUUUUUAAAUAAUCAAAACGCCAAAAUGAUUGAGUUAGAUUUUUGUUUUUAUUGAAGUAGCUUAAAGUUUUGUUUGCAUAACAUUGUGCAUUAUUUUUUAUUUUAGUAACGUGAUUGAGGGAAGAAUUGUAUAUUUUUCUGUUGGCUGUGGACCUAGUCUAAUUAAGCCACUGUAAACACUUUUAAACUAUGUCUAAAUAUCUAUAUAUAUUUCUAUAUAAAUAUAUAAACGGAUAGUUCACCCAAAAAGGAAAAUAUACUUACUAUUUAUUCACUCUCAAGUGUUUCCAAACCUUAAUGAGUUUCUUUAUUCUAUCGAAAACCAAAAAAAGCUCUUUUGAAGAAAGCUGAAAACCUGUAACCAUUGACUUGCAAAAAAAGAAAAACAAUAGAAGUCAAUGGUUACAGGUUUUUGUCAUUCUUCAAAAUAUCUUCUUUUGUGUUCAACAGACGGAAAAAACAAGUGGAACAAGUGAAGAGUGAGCAAAUGAUGACAAAAUUGUCAAUUUAGGGUGAGCUGUUCCUUAAAAGGGAUUGUUCACCUAAAAUGAAAAUGUGAUAAAACCUUUCUCACUCUCAGGGAAUCCAAGAUGUAGAUGAGCCUUCAUUGAAAAAUAAAUAAAUUACACAUUUAAUUUCCUAUCGCAUCACGUUCUCACCAGUGGAUCUUCUGUCCUGAAUGAUUGCUGUUGUCAGAAAAGCUCAGGAUAAUAUACAACGUGACUCCACUCCAUCAAUGAAUGUCUUGUGAAGCAAAAUCGAUGUAUUUGUUAGAAACAAAUGCACCAUUAAGAGGUUUUAAACUGUUGAUUUUGCUUCAUAAUGUUUAGUUAUAGACUACAGUCAGGUCAUUGUGUUGUUUUUUAAAUCUGAUUUAUUUUUUCCAAACUCCUCUACAUCUGGAUGACCUGAGCAUGAGAAGAUUUUCAGUUCUGUGUCAGCUCGAUUUAACUUAGUUGGAUAUUAUGCAUUUAAACACUCACUAUGAAGAUAUUUUAGAAGAAAUCCUGGAGCUCUCUAAUCCUCUAUUUUGAUUUAUUGGGACAUUUAGAGUCCAGAAAAGGAACCAAAACUUCUGUCAAAACAUUCUACGUUUAACUGUAACCAUACCAAACUCCAAAUGACCUGAGGGUGAGUCGAUUUUCAGUUGUGUGUCAGCUCGAUGCAACUUAGUUGGAUAUUAUGCAUUUAAACACUCACUAUGAAGAUAUUUUAGAAGCAAUCCUGGAGCUCUUUAAUCCUCCAUUUUGAUCUAUUGAGACAUUCAAAGUCCAGAAAACGAACCAAAACAUUAGUCAAAACAUAAAGUUUUCUACUGUAACCAUACCAGACUCCAACUGACCUGAGGGUGCAGCGUUUUCAGUUCUGUGUCAGCUCGAUGUAACUUAGUUGGACAUUAUGCAUUUAAACACUGCAUUUAAAGGGUUAGUUCACCCAAAAAUUUUAAUUCUGUUAUUAAUUACUCUCCCUCAGUCCUUUACAAUCCCCUGAGACCUUCGCUCAUCUUCAGAACACAAAUGAAGAUAUUUUAGAAGAAAUCCUGGAGCUCUCUAAUCCUCCAUAUCGAUCUAUUGAGACAUUCAAAGUCCAGAAAACGAACCAAAACAUUAGUCAAAACAUAAAGUUUUCUACUGUAACCAUACAAAGCUGCAAAUGACAUGAGGGUGUCAAUUUUCAUUUUUUUGUCAGGUCGAUUCAACUUAGUUGGACUUUAUGCAUUUAAACACUCUGCAUUUAAAGGGUUAGUUCACUCAAAAAUGAAAAUUCGGUUAUUAAUUACUCCCCCUCAGUCCUUUUCAAUCCCCUGAGACCUUCGUUCAUCUUCACAACACAACUGAAGAUAUUUUAGAAGAAAUCCUGGAGCUCUACUCUUCUAUUUAGAUUUAUUGAGACAUUCAGAGUCCAGAAAAGGAACCAAAACAUUCAAUAUUUAACUGUGACCAUACCAGACUCCAACUGACCUGAGGGUGCAUCGUUUUCAGUUCUGUGUCAGCUCGAUGUAACUUAGUUUGACAUUAUGCAUUUAAACACUGCAUUUAAAGGGUUAGUUCACCCAAAAAUUUUAAUUCUGUUAUUAAUUACUCUCCCUCAGUCCUUUACAAUCCCCUGAGACCUUCGCUCAUCUUCAGAACACAAAUUAAGAUAUUUUAGAAGAAAUCCUGGAGCUCUCUAAUCCUCCAUUUUGAUCUAUUGAGACAUUCAAAGUCCAGAAAACGAACCAAAACUUCUGUCAAAACAUUCUACGUUUAACUGUAGCCAUACCAAACUCCAAAUGACCUGAGGGUGAGUCGAUUUUCAGUUGUGUGCCAGCUCGAUGCAACUUAGUUGGACAUUAUGCAUUUAAACACUGCAUUUAAAGGGUUAGUUCACCCAAAAAUAAAAAUUCUGUUAUUAAUUACUCUCCCUCAGUCCCUUACAAUCCCCUGAGACCUUCGCUCAUCUUCAGAACACAAAUGAAGAUAUUUUAGAAGAAAUCCUGGAGCUCUUUAAUUCUUUAUUUUGAUUUAUUAAGACAUUCAAAGUCCAGAAAACGAACCAUAACAUCUGUCAAAACAUUCUAUGUUCAUCUGUAAACAUACUAAACUCCAAAAAACAACCCUGUAAAAAAAUGACUUUGCUCACUUUAUGUCCCAGUGUGCGUUUACUACAGGCAGUAUGACACUUGUGUGUUGCGUUGCUGACCAAUAGCAAAUAUGUUGUAUUUUCUAUGGUAAACGUGCAAGACAAAGGGGAAAAAAGUACUUUUUACAGUUUUUGGAUGUACAAAACUGUUCUUGGAGCUUCGUAUGAUUACAGCAGAAGUCACAUGGAACUUUUUUGACAAUGUUUUGGUUCCUAUUUCUAGAAUUUAGAACAUAUUUUGAACAUAUCCUGUAUGCGUUUGGUAAAAAAGCUCUUAGAUUUCUACUAAAAUAUUUUAAAUUGUGUUUCGAAGAAGCUCUCAGGGUAUUGGAACGACAUGAAGGUGAGGAAUUCAUAACCGAAUGUUUAUUUUUGUGUGAACUAACCCUUUAAAUUUGCCUUUUACGUUAACAAAUAAGUCUUAAGAAAAUGUCUUAUGUUUGCUACAGAUAGUCCUUAAACCUUCCAAACGUGAUUUACGCAUUAAUGCAUUAAGGUCUAUGUUGGGAAAUGUAAUUUAUCGUUUGCACUGAUGUCUCCUGGUAAGUUGAAAGAUGCGAUGAGGGACAGUUCGUUCGCCAGAUAUCAUUUUCUCUGUUACCUCAUUUGAUUUCUUUUUCUGUAGCGUUAAUUUAUGUCUGCCGUUUUUCUCUGAAUGUCAAAACCAGCAUCUAGUUUGUAUCAUCUCGAAAUCUUCCCAGCACGGUACUAAAAUGAGGAAAUGCAUUCAUUUCGAUGAGUAGUGUGAUAACCUCUGUGGCCCUUAAUUUCUUCAAUUGAACUCAUUCUGAUUUUUCUUUAGCGUAUUUUUACACUGUCGUCUUCGCUCUUAAAUCGAGCUCACUGAUUACAGUAUUACAUACGGAUUAAUUGAGAGCGUAUUGUCGUGUUCUGUGUUUUAUGUCAGAUCUUUUCAUGUAUGUCUGUUUAACUUCUUGAAGCAUAAUAUAUUUAUUAUGAAAUCAUUAAAUGCAUCAGUAACAUUGA